CUCUUGUGCACCCGACGCCGCAGAUUUUGCUCUAGCCUAGGGUUAGGGUUUUGAGGGUUCAGUCCCCCCCCCUCCUCCUCUGCGUAGAGGACGACGAAGAUGCGGCCACCGAGGGGCGGCGGCGGGUUCAGGGGGCGCGGCGGCGGAAGGGGCGGCGGCGGCGGGUUCAGGGGUGGCGGGUUCAGGGGCGGGGGCCGCGGCGGCGGCGGUUUCCGCGACGAGGGUCCCCCCGCCGAGGUCGUAGAGGUGUCCUCGUUUCUCCACGCUUGCGAGGGGGACGCGGUGACGAAGCUCACGAACGAGAAGAUACCCUACUUCAACGCCCCGAUCUAUUUGCAAAACAAGACCCAGAUCGGGAAAGUUGAUGAGAUUUUUGGCCCUAUUAAUGAAUCCUGUUUCUCUAUUAAGAUGAUGGAGGGUAUCAUCGCGACGUCCUAUUCACUGGGUGACAAGUUCUUCAUCGACCCUGCGAAGCUGUUGCCGCUGUCGCGGUUUCUCCCGCAGCCAAAGGGACAGCAACAAGCUGGGGCUAGAGGCGGCGGACGCGGUGGCGGAAGAGGCGGCCCCGCCCUUCAUACUCCUGUAUCUUGA